AUCUUGAGGAAGACGCCGAGCCAGACCGCGACCGCGCGGCUCUAGGCGUGUCCUCAGCACUCUCGUAAGGGAGUGCACCGUCUCCUGAUUGGCCCUGAGAAGGGCCUUUGGGUUGGCCCUGAGAAGGGCCUUUGGUUUGGCCCUGAAAAGGGCCUUUUUCAAGUACCACCACACACACUGCCUCGGUAGCAGAUUUCACACUCGCCGACCCGGAUAUCGACGAGCGCCCGGUCCCAACGGGGUAACAUGGGUCUCCCACCAACGCCUCGGUUACAGAUUUAACACCAGCCGGCCCGGAUACCGACUGGCGCCCGCUCCUCUCGACGGGAUCGCAUGAGGAAUGAGGGUUUGUUCAACCGGCCCCAGAAUACACCGGUUGCCCGCAGCAGCCUUCCGCGGUCCUACGGGGGGGAUUAGUACCCCCUGGGGUAGUUGUUUUGUUCGAACCUACCAUCAUAAAGGUUUUCCCCUCUUCCGAGCGAGGGGGACCCUACCUGGCCUCAUCAUUGUGAUUUUUGAAAAGUUUGACUCCUUGUGGCCCCACCCCGAAAGGUGGCGGCCCCCGGCCCCGCACCAUGUGCAGGGUUACGGGUCGGCCGGAAGCGACGCGGAAUUCGCGCCACAACCGCCCCGUCCGUGAACGGACACACCACGACUGCCGCGGCCCAGGCUCCCCAGGUCGCCAGCCGUGGUAACCGACAGGCGAAAGCGCUAUGGCGAAAAUCGCCCCCACAAGCCACGAAAUGCGGCCGCCGAAUAAAAUCCAGCCAUACUACGCUCCCUCACCACGGGAGCCACUUGUCAGACCAUUAGCCGCCGGCGAGCAUGGAUUCCGCUCAAGCCGACGUUGCCCAGGGUGCACCGCGAGGAGGUUGUCCGACCUAGCACUCCACCAGAUCCAGUGACCUGCUACAAUAAAACAUUAUCAGCCCUGAAAAUGUCUGCAUCUAAUAGUGAUGCUUUAUGGAGUGAUAAGUGUGUCAAUUUAGAGAGGAAAUUGCAUGAUCUCACUCUUGCUUUGUCUAAGCUAGAGGAAGAUAAACAUAGAAGAGAGACAGAGCACCAGGACCUAAUAAAACAAGAAAGAGAUAGACUAUCACAAGACAAAUUGCAGUGGCAAAGUACCCUUGAGAAGAAUUUUAAUGCACAGCUUGCCAAAUCACAAGAGCAUUUGAACCGUAAAGAUAAACAGAUUGAAGAUUUGAACAUAAAUUGUAAGCAGCUCAGAGAGAACAUUGGACAUUUAGAAACACAGCUAAGUGAAAAAGCUCAACGGACAAAUGUAUUAGAAAAAGAAGUUCAGAAGACUCACAUAGAAGUGGCAACAUUGAAAGCUAGGAAUACAACUUUAGAAAGGGAGCUUGGAGAAAAAGAAAAAGUUGGUAAUCAAUUGAAUUGCAGAUGUACUUAUUUAGAACAGACAGUGAAAGACCAAUCUGAAACUAUAAAAGACUUAAACAUGACCUUGCAAAUGUUGAAAAAAGAAAAGACUAGUUUAGAAGAGCGCUUGUCACUAAGCGAAUCAUUGGCAAGCAAAAAGGCAGAAGCAGCACAUUCCACAUCAGACCAACUAUUGAAGGCCAAUCAGAUAAUUUCUAAACAAAAUUCAGAUCUCAUUGAAAUAAAAGAAAAGCUCCUAUGUCGAACAGCAAUAGCAUUAGAACAGGAAAAAGUAAUAGAGACGAAUUCCAAAGAAAUAGAACAAUUAAAAUCUGAAGUUUAUACCACAAAUCAGAAACUCGAAAAACUUAAAGAAGAAUUAAGUGACUUAAUGGAUAAAUAUAAGAUGAAUGAGCAGGCACUUAAAGAUCGAGAUGAAACUAUAAAAAAUAACAACAUGGUAAUACAAUGGUUACACAAAAAAAUGGACCAAAAUUACGAAACGGCAGAUAGACCAUUGAAACACGAUAUACAUGUUGGGUCAACCUCUACACCCUACUUUUUAGCCAAAAACAAUAAAAACAAUACUUCUGAAGAAGUGUCUGAUAUGUCAAUAAAUUUCUACGGGACUUCAAAAUCAAACAUUGAUGAUAGUGCAGGUCCCCAAUCAGAAGAAAAUAAUGCCAAAAUUGGUCUAGAUCCGAAAUACUUAAGGCCAGCUACUGAUGAAAACAGAAAACAAGUAAAUAAUGGGAUCCUGCGACCGAAAACUACAGAAUCAUUAAGUAAAAAUAAAGGAAAGGAAAACAAAGUUGCGAGCCUACCUACCGUAGAUUACAGAGAAAAGAAAACAUCGAGGGGUUCUACUUAUAAAGCUACACCAGUAUCUGCUUAUUUUCCAUAAAUCAAGAACAUAAAUCAGUAGGGGAGCCCAAGCGGGGAUUUUGGGAUUUACUCGAGCGCGGCAGAAUAACAUAAGGGGGGCAACCAUGCACCUUGUGAAGUACUCGCACCAUACCUGAGCCCUAUAUAUAGGGUCGAACAACUAGGGCAGCAAAAAAAAAACAAUCGGCCAUGACUUUUAGUUCAUGAUGAAAGCCUUUUGAAGGGUUUACGUUACAUCCGUAUUGACUGACGCGCCCGAUUUUUUUUUCUUUUUUCUACCUCUUAGUGCGGUCAUCCUCACACCAUAAGAAGAAAGAAAGAAAGAAAAACAUUUAUUGGUUGCACAGCAUACAUACAUUGGAAACAAAACAGAUUUGAAAGAACAUAACAAC